CGGAGCGGGGCGGUGGCGGCGGUGGUCCCCUCGCAGGGCCCGGUGGGGGCGCGGCGCUUCGGAGCCCGCCCAGGGUCGGACUGAUCCGUGCAGCCGAAGUUUCCUCGGGCUCGUCUUUGCAGAUCUUCUGAAUUUGGCUCCUGAUUAAAGUUGACAGAUAAUGGAAACAUAUCCUUGGCGAUGUCUCUGGGGCGACUCCUCCGACGUGCCUCUUCAAAAGCUUCCGACCUCCUGACCUUGAAUUCUGGUGGCAGUAGCAGCUCAUCUUCCAUACUUGAUGGGGAGAUUAUCUACUCAAAGAACAAUGUCUGUGUCCACCCACCUGAGCUGCUACAAGGCAUCGGGGAGCAUCAUCCAGGCUAUCUGUGUCUGUACAUGGAGAAAGAUGAGCUACUGGGAACCACACUUAUCCUUGCCUGGGUGCCAAACUCCCGCAUUCAGAGGCAGGAUGAAGAAGCCCUGCGCUACGUCACUCCCGAGAGCUCCCCUGUCCGUAAAGCUCCCCGCAAACGCGGUCGCCACUCUCAGGGUUUCAGCGCUGUCCAGCCAGCUUCCCCCACCGAGCAGAGAGGAGCAGUGGUCCUGAAGGGAGAAGACAUCUUGACUCUGUCUCAGCUUGUAAAAGAUGUGGCAUACAUCAGCUCCCCCUCUUCGGAAGGGGAGAAGCUGUCACAGUGCUGCCCCAUGGCCAACAGCAGCCGCCGGUCCCCGCAGCCUGCCCGCAGUGACUCAGGAAUCCUAUCGACAGUCAGCUCCCAGGAGGAGCAGAACAGGUCGGAGCUGUCGGUGGAGGGGAUGGAGGAAAGUCCGGACUGCAGGCCAGAGCCAGGGGAGGACGAGGGCUCCUUGGAGCUGUCUGCUGAUGACGUGAGCAGGGAUAGUACUUUUGACUCUGAUUCUGAUGCCUUCUCUUCCCCCUUCUGCCUCUCUCCCAUUAGUGAAGCCCUCGGGAAAAGCAGUAGUUCUGUGUUUCUGGAUAAUGAAAGCAGGGACACCUGUGACAAUCGCAUGAACUGCUCCACCAGCUCUGCCUCCAGCCUUGACACCAGUGCCCAGUUCCAGGAGAAUAAUGGGCAAACACAGGGCACCAGAUGGGAUGAGCAGCAGAAGGUCUUUGCCCUGGAGCAGGUCUGUGGUGUCUUCAGAGUGGACCUGGGACAAAUGCGAUCCCUUCGCCUCUUCUUCAGUGAUGAGGCAUGUACCUGUGGCCAGCUGGUUGUUGCAAGCAGAGAGAGCCAGUACAAGAUCUUCCAUUUUCACCAUGGUGGCCUGGAUAAACUGUCUGAGGUGUUUCAGCAGUGGAAGUACUGUACGGAGACCCAUCUCAAGGACCAGCAGCUGACUGAUGAGAGGAUGUGUAUGCAGUUCUCCAUCCGCCGCCCCAAGCUGCCCUCCUCAGAAACCCACCCCGAGGAGAACACCUACAAGCGUCUUGAUGUGUCUGCCUGGCUCCAUCACCUGAACGAGUCUGGACAGGUGGAAGAGGAGUACAAGCUGCAGAAGGCCAUUUUCUUUGGUGGGAUUGAUGUUUCCAUCCGUGGGGAGGUGUGGCCCUUCUUGCUGCACUACUACAGCUAUGAGUCCACCUCGGAAGAGAGAGAGGCACUGAGACUGCAGAAGAGGAAGGAAUACUUCGAGAUCCAGGAGAAAAGGCUCUCAAUGACUCCAGAGGAGCAGAAGGAUUUCUGGCGUAAGGUGCAGUUCACGGUGGAUAAAGACGUGGUGAGGACCGACCGCAGCAACCAGUUCUUCCGAGGGGAGGGCAACCCAAACGUGGAAACCAUGAGGAGGAUCUUGCUGAACUAUGCAGUAUUUAACCCAACAAUUGGAUACUCCCAGGGGAUGUCUGAUCUGGUUGCUCCACUCCUGGCAGAGAUCCUAGAUGAGUCGGAUACCUUCUGGUGCUUUGUAGGACUGAUGCAGAACACAAUCUUCAUCAGCUCACCCCGGGAUGAGGAUAUGGAGAAGCAGCUGCUGUACCUGCGGGAGCUGCUGCGGCUCAUGCACCCACGCUUCCACCAGCACCUCUGUGCUCUGGGAGAGGAUGGUCUGCAGAUGCUCUUCUGCCACCGCUGGAUCCUCCUCUGCUUCAAAAGGGAAUUUCCAGAGGCUGAGGCUCUGCGCAUGUGGGAAGCCUGCUGGGCACACUACCAGACUGAUUAUUUCCACCUCUUCAUCUGUGUGGCCAUCGUGGUGAUUUAUGGGGAUGAUGUCAUUGAACAACAGCUGGCCACUGACCAGAUGCUGCUGCAUUUUGGCAACCUGGCCAUGCACAUGAACGGAGAACUUGUGCUCAGGAAGGCGAGGAGCCUGCUCUAUCAAUUCCACCUCUUACCUCGCAUCCCCUGCAGCCUGCACGACCUGUGCAAGCUGUGUGGGACAGGAAUGUGGGACAGUGGCUUCAUCCCUGCUGUGGAGUGUUCUGGCCAUCACCCCGAGUCCGAGAGCUGCCCGUACGGGGGACUGGCGGAAGUGUCUUCUCCUAAGGCAGGAAGUGAAGGCAGGAGAGGCCUGAAAACAAGAGACGUCUUCACCUUCCGAAAAUAGCUGCAGAGGAACAGGGUGUGACAGGCAGGAAGGAUGUGCAUAGGAAAAAGUGGAGGGAUAGCUGGGCAAGACUCCUGACAAGAGUGGAGAAUGGACAAGGAACGAACGCACUCAACAGGGAAAGCAAACUCCAGUGCUCUGGUGGUGGAGCUGGAACAAAACCACCGAACCAGGAACAGUGUUGGCGUGUGCUCGGGUUUGGGUUUGCUAGGAACAUGCUUUUUUCUAGGUCUUAACAAGGACUUUUUAAUUCUGCCUCUGGGACUGGACUGAUUAGCAACCAGAACUUUGUUACUUGAUGAUGAGAAAUGAGAACACUAAAGAGAGCUGAGUUCAACCAGCGGCAUCUGGGGGUCAGGUGGACGGAGCAGAGCUGUGCCAAGAGCUCUGUCUGUGUCAUUCCUCCAUCCAGAGCAUACCACAUGCACGCACUCUCUGCUUCAACCAAAACCUGCACCUGAGUGGCUUCUCUCUAGAGCCAUAAAAGACCAUUUUAGUUAUAAUCUGCCAAAAAAAUAACCCUGCAGACUGUUGGGAUUGCAGGGAAGGUGUCUGCUUUGUUGGAGAGGAGGAACUGGUCUGUCUCUUGCCUUGUUUCCCACAGUACUGUCUGGCAUGUUGGGUUUUUUCCCUACUGUACAAAGCAUGUCCAGCCACAGGUCUUAAUGCACCACUUCAGGGUCAGGA